ACCUACUUUUAAUACAAGACGCCCAGACAAACGAUUUAUCGAUGUCCGAUGACGUUAAUUUAUUCAAUCGCUUAUGUAUAAAUAUAAAACAUGAUAUAAUGGCGACGGGGUGCACGCAAGAAUCCGUUCUGGACUUUCUAUUGGAAAACGGGGGGCGUGUGAAAAACAAGGACUUGAUAGCGCAUUUCAAAGUCUUCCUAAGCAGUGAAAAUACGAAGCGAGCCGUGUUAAAAGAGAGAUUUAAGCGUUUUGUGGACAAUAUCGCGUACGUGAAGCAGGAAAACGGGGAGAAAGUGGUGUGUUUGAAGAAGAAGUACAGAUACGCGGAGAUACGGAGCGGGCGCGCGCAGGAUGAGAAGCCCGAUGAUGUGGAUGAUAAUGAUGAUGAUGAUGAAGAAGACGUCAAUAAAGGAUUGAAUGCUUUGCAUUUAGCAGAGAACGGCAAUGUUAAGGCAGAAACGGGUGAAAAACAUGAUCUGAAUAUAAAAUCUGAGGUGCACGCAGGCGCUGUGACUGUCAGAGAUGCUGAAUGUGAGGAGGUGUGUGUGUCAGACAUCGCACUGAUCGAGAAAGACAGUUCUUCCGUUUCUCACUGUGAUCUCUCAGAGGGAUCAAAUGAUAAUGAUAGCAAAUCAAGUGUUCCAGAGCUUUCCAAUGCCCAGCCAACCGGACAGCCGGAAUCUAGGGCAGGGGAACUGGAGUUGGAGGCUCCAGUUGGCAAAGCUUGCGUCACAUUAUCAUCAUCAUCUUCAUCACAGGUCAUCACUAUUCGCCGGAGAACAUCGAGGGGAUCUCAGCGCAGUUUGCUGGGCUCUUCUGAGGAUGGUGCACAGCCACAUGAUGGACAGUCUGAGGAGGCCAGCACCCCGAAAGGCAGCCGCAAGAACUUCAUAGAGCUCAUGAAGAGCAGUUCUCCACAGGUGAGGCGCUCCCUGGUGCAUCGCAGCCACGGCCACAUGUCCUGCAGAAACAGUGAGUUUAGAUCGUCCUCUGUGGAGGAGGACUGUGCGUCGGUAACCUUAGACCCGCUGGAGCACGAGUGGAUGAUGUGUUCGGCAGAUGGAGAAUGGGACAGUCUCCAGCGGCUGCUCGUGUGUGAACCCGCACUCAUCUCCAAGAGGGACUUCGUGACCGGCUUCAUGUGUCUGCACUGGGCGGCCAAGCAAGGCAAACUCGAGCUCUUCGCAAAGCUGGUGGAUUUCGCCAAGCGGAACAACGUGUGCAUCGACGUAAACGCGCGGUCGAGCGCCGGCUACACACCCCUGCACCUCGCGGCCAUGCACAAUCACGUCGAGGUGGUGAAGCUCCUGGUCGGGGCUUACGAUGCCGAUGUGGACGUGAGGGAUUACAGCGGGAAGAAAGCGUCUCAGUACCUGAAAGACACUGUCACAGGGGACAUUAAAGACAUUAUAGGGGAUUGCACGCACUCGGGUAUGGAGAACGCGUCGGGAGCUGGCCGAUGGAAGCUUCCCAGAGUCCUUCCGUCAAACCUGAACCCGCUUCGGCUGCUGAACCACCCCGAGGAGAUCGCAGGAGAUGCCAAACCGAGGUCUCUGUACCGGAAGUCCUCCAUCGGGCGGAUCCGGCUCCAGAGGAACCGCUUCAAAACGCAGAUCGUCCACAGCACUUCAUUCAGGGAGAACGAGGAAGGAGAGGAUCCGCUCAAGAGCCCGGUCAAAUCCAGGCCCGUUUCAAAUCUCUUUGGCUGAGAU